AAGGGCGACUAGAGCGGAGGGUGAUGGGAGUUGCCUGUGCCGUAGGGAACACUUUUUAGGCGCCUGUUCUGUACUAUCGCUGGACCCCACCGCUGCAACACCCCCAAUUUCACAACCAGCGUGAGUCAGCUCGGCCGGCUGCAGGACCGCCAGGGGAAGAUUUCAUCUGGGUAUUGGCAGCCACCCACUCACCCGCCAAUGAAGUAUAUCCUGGUUACUGGUGGAGUCAUCUCAGGCAUUGGUAAAGGGAUCAUCGCCAGCAGCAUUGGCACCAUUCUCAAGUCAUGUGGUCUCCGAGUUACUGCCAUCAAAAUCGACCCCUAUAUUAACAUCGAUGCCGGGACUUUCUCACCUUAUGAACAUGGUGAAGUGUUUGUUUUAAACGAUGGUGGAGAAGUUGAUUUGGACCUUGGAAAUUAUGAAAGAUUCUUGGACAUUAAUCUUUAUAAAGACAACAACAUCACCACUGGGAAGAUAUAUCAGCAUGUGAUCAAUAAAGAGAGGCGUGGUGAUUACCUGGGGAAGACUGUUCAAGUUGUCCCUCAUAUUACCGAUGCUAUCCAGGAGUGGGUCAUGAAUCAAGCCAAGGUGUCCGUGGACAUUAAUAAGGAAGAUCCCCAGAUUUGCGUUAUUGAGCUGGGAGGCACUAUUGGCGACAUUGAAGGAAUGGCAUUUGUGGAAGCGUUCCGACAGUUCCAGUUUAAAGCCAAAAAAGAGAAUUUCUGUAACAUUCACGUCAGCCUCGUUCCACAGCCCAGUGCGACUGGGGAACAAAAAACCAAACCCACACAGAACAGCGUCCGCUUGCUGAGGGGCUUGGGUUUGUCUCCAGAUCUGAUUAUCUGCCGUAGUUCAGCACCCAUCGAGAUGGCUGUGAAGGAGAAGAUUUCUAUGUUUUGUCAUGUGGACCCUGAUCAGGUCAUCUGUAUCCAUGAUGUUUCUUCCAUCUACCGAGUGCCUCUUCUUUUGGAGGAGCAAGGCAUGGUUAAAUAUUUUAAGGAGAGAUUGGACCUGCCCAUCAGUGAUUCAAGUAAUUUGCUUUUCAAGUGGAAAGCCAUGGCUGACAGGUAUGAAAGACUGCAGAAAAUAUGCUCCAUCGCCCUGGUUGGUAAAUACACCAAACUCAGGGACUGCUAUGCCUCUGUGUUCAAAGCACUGGAACACUCAGCCUUGGCCAUCAACCACAAGUUGAAUCUGAUGUACAUAGACUCCCUUGAUCUGGAGCCAAUCACCAAAGCCGAGGACCCUGUGAAAUUCCAUGAAGCUUGGCAGAAGUUGUGUUUAGCUGAUGGUAUUCUUGUGCCUGGAGGCUUUGGAAUCCGAGGAACACUGGGAAAACUCCAGGCAAUUUCUUGGGCAAGGACAAAGAAGAUUCCAUUUCUGGGAAUUUGCCUUGGGAUGCAACUGGCUGUGAUUGAAUUUGCAAGAAACUGCCUGGGCUUGAAAGAUGCUAAUUCUACAGAAUUUGAGCCAAACACUCCGGUUCCAUUGGUAAUUGACAUGCCCGAACACAACCCUGGUGAUUUGGGAGGAACAAUGAGACUGGGAUUAAGACGAACCGUUUUCACAACUGAAAAUUCCAUACUGAGGAAGCUUUAUGGUGAUGUUCCUUAUAUUGAAGAAAGACACAGACAUCGUUAUGAGGUAAACCCUAACCUGAUCAACCAAUUUGAGAAGAAAGACCUUUGUUUUGUUGGUCAGGAUACAGAUGGAAAGAGGAUGGAAAUCAUUGAAUUGACAAGUCAUCCCUAUUUCAUUGGUGUGCAGUUCCAUCCCGAGUUUUCUUCUAGGCCAAUGAAGCCUUCCCCUCCAUACCUGGGGCUCUUACUUGCCGCAACUGGGAACCUGAAUGCCCAUCUGCAACAGAUAAACAGACUGUCGCCCAGUGAUGUAUACAGUGAUGUCAGUGAUGACAGCUAUUCCGAGGCAAAGCUGGCUGAACUGGAAAUCAACUGAAGUUCUUUCUUGCCUCAGGCCACCUGAGAGGGCCUCUGAAGUAAUUAUACUUAAGAUGAAAGAAUUAUCUGAAGAAACCACCACACUGUUCCCUAGACAUGGGCCAUGAAGAUUCAAAGGGAAUCAGAAAAUGUUUACUUCAUGAAACAGAACCAAAGGGAUCCUUUCCUUUUCCCUCCAGAGGCAGCCUGUAGUAGUCGUCACACUUUGCUAUACUUAAUUAAACUUCGUUCAGCAGCAUCCUGGCACAGAAAGUGUUUCUGUGUUUUGUCCAGAGCAUGGUGAGGUCAAAGUGGGAAGCAGGAACUGGGGAGACUUCGCCUUCCCGAUAUUGUAUGGGAAAGGUGGCAGGCAUGUGCUAUAGCCAGUUUCGGGUUUAAAAACGAGUUAUUCUUUUGCCUGGAUAUGAAGUAUAGCUUAAUGUGGGAGUUAAGGUGAUUUGGGUUUCUCAUUCUGUUUAUUUCCAGUUAGAGGUGAAAUUUAGCAGGCGCAGACCUUGGGGUUGUGAGUCUGUUAUCUCACAGACAAAGUGUAAAGGGGAUCUGAGACCUCAGGAACCAGGAUAAGGAGGGCCCAGUUCCAUCUCUUCAACUUGCUGUCUUCAAGUGGAAGGAGCAAACCCAACUCCCACAAGUUGUCUUCUGACCCCUGCAUGUGCACACACACAGACACCAAAAAAUGUAAAAAAUGUAAAAAUUCAUAAUCUUCUUUCUUUUUUAAUUAAAUUUACUUUUUAUUAUUCUUUCGACAGCUUCACAAAUGUAUAGACUCAAUCUUUGGUCAUUUUUAUCCUUUAUUACACUCUCUCAUUUCAUGCUUCUUCUCAUGCCUUUUUUGUUGUUUUCAGUUUUUGUGACCACUGUCUUUUUUUCUUUUUGAGACAGCAUCUCGUACUGUAGCCCAAGCUGACCUGGAAUUCACUGUGUAGCCUACUAUAUAGUCUUGAACUCACUGUGAUUCUCCGGCCUCAGCCUCCCAAAUGUUAGGAUUAUAUGUAUGAGAUAUUACACCCUGCUAAACAUCAGCAAUUUUUUUUUGAGACAGGGUUUCUCUACAUAGCCCUGGCUGUCCUGGAAUUCACUAUUUAGAGCAGGCUGGCCACAAACUCACAAAGAUCUGCCUGCCUCUGCCUCUAGAUUGCUGGGGUUAAAAGUGUGCACAAACAUGCUUGGCUAGCAAUUUUUUAUAGCAAAAAAACUAUUUUAAGUUAAUUGUACAGUAGCAUUCACUCAUACUGUACAGCUAUUAGCUUUAUGUAGUUAUUCCACAAUUAACCCCUGUUCUCAUUAGCAGUCACUCCUCAUCCCCUGGCAACUGUUAGAUCCAGAUUGAUUGAGGCAAGUUGGGAAUAAAAAAGCGCAGACCAGCCUUUACACGAGCAGAAUUAUUCUUUAACCAGAACAACUGGAGGACAUCAGUCUCUCCUUGGGAGACUGCACAUGCACACAUGCACAUGCACGAUGUGGUACAGAAGGGUUGGGGAUUUUAUGGGACAGAAAAGAGGACUUUGGGGAUGGAAGAUUCCACCUGCAGAUCAGUUCCCCUUGGGAUGGAAGACAGCAUCUGCAGAUCAGUUCCCCUACAGUCUCAAAGCGGUAGAUGGCAGAGGGGUUAGUAUGCUGAUCCUCCUAUCAGAGUCCUGGGUCCUAACAGCCCACAGGUAUUACUAGUCAAGUCAGCUGUUCAGUCUAGAGUUUCCCCGCCCACCCGAGGCUUUUGUUCGUGUGUUUUGUCAUUAGCUCUUCAGCAGCCUCCAGUCCCUUUUUGGAUAGCGUUUCCUACCGUAGUAGUUCAUAAAGUGAAAGUGUAUGGUGUAUGUGCCCCUUUGUGUCUGGUUUCUUUCGUUGACCUUAAUCUUGUCAAGGCUUACCCAAAUGGUAGCAUUCCUUUUUAUGACUCAAUAAAAUUCCGUUGUAUAUA